AUGGAUGAUAUUGCAAUAGUGCAUAUUUCAGCACAACCAAAGGUAGAAAAAAUUCAAAAUAUUCUGGCGAUGGAUGAUUUCAUUAUCACUGAUCUGAACCAAGAAAUAAUGCUAAAGGAAAUUGACGAUUUGUCAGAUCUUGGUGACAAUUUGUCAAAUCUACCUGAAGUAAAACGAACUGUGAGAAUGUUUUCUACAUCAUCAAUCUUUUAUCAUAUCGCUAUCUGUUGCCAUAUUCAUUAUUUUAUAAACAUUUGCUUGUGA